GACUAGGAACUUAUUUGGACAUUUGUGAAAGGUUCAGACACCACUUGUGUAUUUAACCAUUAAAAACUUCCCUCCAAAUUCAUUUCCCUCAUAAUCAAAAUUCUCUUCCUCUUGGAAAAAAAUCGCUCUGAAACUUGCUUUAACUAGGGUAUUUGAUUCAUAGUUCUCUCUCCAGUUGUGCAAAAUUAGGGUUUCUGAGAAUAGUAAGACGAAGACGAUGGAGAACUACUUACAGUACAUGAAAACUCUUCGCUCUCAAAUGAACGAUGCGGAAGAUCAGGCAGCUCAGGUAUCAGUGGAGGAACACACGCUGAUUGCUACAAUUCAAACUAUGGAGACUGACCUCAAUUCUGCAAAAUCUGAAAUAAAGAAACAGAAAGAAGAUACUGAGAAGAUGUUACAGGAAAGAGGGAAGGUAUGCUCACAAAUACUGGAAAAACAGAGAAAAAUUGCUUCUUUGGAGUCCGAUUCAUCCUCUCUUUCCCAGACACUAGAGCUUAUUCAACAAGAAAGGGUCAGUUUAUCUGCCAAAAUCAGACAGAAGAGUGCAUUCUAUGACAAUGUUGCAGAUGAGCUUAAUUAUAAGCUUCAGCAACAACAGGACUGGGUUAAUUCUCACAAAACUAGUGGAGAAUUGAGAGAGCAUGGGGUCAAUGAUAGUUUUAAUGCGCAAGCAGCAGAAACUGGAGGAAGGCCUCCCAUUGAUAACCACCUCACAAAAAACAAUCUGGGGAAUGGUGCAAGGGAGAAGCUAAUGGCUGAGUUGGACCGUGCUAAAGCUAAGCUUGAUGAUGUUGCACAAAUGAGAGCUGAAAUCGCUACAGAAAAUAGCAAGGUGAAGCAAUCUAUUGAGCAAGUAAGGGGCAGUGCUAAAGAAUUUAAGCCCGAGCUUCUUGCUAUGGAUAUUACAGCCCUCGAACAGGAAUAUAAAGCCCUUUUAUCUGAUAAGAGUGGAGAACUUGAGUAUUUGGAAUCUCUUCAUAACCAGAUUUUCAAACUCAAGGGUACAUCUCAUAUGAUUAAAUGCACAUGUGGGGCUGAAUAUCAGGUGGCAAUGGAUCGUUGUGCAUGAUAUAUCAGCAUGGAUGUGAACCUUGGGACUGAGUUAAUAGGCUGCGGAUAACAGUUUUGAUCUUGAAUCUUUGCACAUAAUUUGACAAGAUAAUAAUGGUUCUGAUACAUAAGCAUCGCCCUUUUCCUUCUCGCCUUCCGAUAGCUCCGAAAGGUCCUCUGCAGCAUCAAAACGCCCUUGCUCUCUCUCCAGCCGUCUUUUUGCAAGCCUUUGUGCAUCAUCCCACGCUAUCUGCAAACAGGUAUUUUCUUUGUUUCCAUAAAAAAGAUGUCUCUUUUCUACAAACUUAAGAUGAGCAUUAUUGUUUAGAUUGUAUGAACCUAGUAAAUAUGUAAUGUUUUUUUUCAUAAGAUUCCUUUUAUAAAUAAGUAGACAGGAUAUUUAUCAUCUAUGAAAAUGAGAAUUAUAACGAAAUAAUCCAUUUUGUAUCGUA